AUGCCGAAUCAGAAACAGUACGUUGUAGUUAAUAGACCGAAGCUUGUUUACAAACUUCUGAUAGGAUUUCAAUCUGAGCCAGAUAUUGAACCAGGGGCCGGCCUCGAGUCAGACUCGAGCUUGCGGCUGCACUGGCAGCAGCACUUUUAUACUUACUUUCUUCAAUUCGAGGGUGACCGUCAUCGAGUCGCAGCGGCCUCCCAAGCCGAUUGGCCUCGACAGAGCCGUCACUCUAACGUUGUAACAAUCAAAAACGUUUAUUCAUCAAGUCGACUUACGAUGAAUCAUUGGGGGCAACUUGACAGUGGCUGGUAUCCAGCACACGGUGAUGGUGACUCCGAGUCAUCAAAUCAGUUGCAACUGCCUCAGCCGGCGCCGCCGUGGGGCUUACCAGCGAGCGGUGAUCCUACCGUGACGCCUGGGCUCACGCUGGCGUCUGAAAUCUUGCCGGCGCACAAUGCGACCACAGUCUACAGCACCCCUGACCCCCACUGGCAGGACUGCGUGGGCGGUAGUCAUCCAGGUUUUGAUUCCCAGUUUCAAGUAGAAAACGGAUCCCAGCCAGGCUCUGCCUCUCAGGCUGCCGACGCGGCUAUCUAUGAUUCCAAUUCGCCUACGGGCGGUGGCCAAUACCACCCUUUGGUGUCCGAUAUCCCAGUGUCAGACACAACUUCCUACAGCUUCCAGCCGUCCCACUCGCAGCAGCCCGCCGCAGGAGGGAGCCAGCACCAGCCUCCGGCUUUUGGAAUGCCUGCGCCCAAUACGUCAUAUACAUAUCAGGCUUCUAGCUCGCAGCCUGCAGAUGCCAGUAGCGAGCACCAGCCUCUUGCUUCUGGAACAGCUGCGCCCAUUACUCCCUACAUGUAUCAGGGUUCCAGCUCGCAGCCUGCAGAUGGUAGCCAGCGCCAGUCUCUUGCUUCUGGAACAGCUACGCCCAUUGCACCCUACAUGUAUCAGGGUUCCAGCUCGCAGCCUGCAUAUGGUAGCGAGCACCAGCCUCCGGCUCCUGUAAUACAUGCGCCCAUUGCGCCCUACAUGUAUCAGGGUUCCAGCUCGCAGGAGCCUGCAGGUG